GAGUUGAUCCGAAACGACGAAGAGCUGGACUCGAGACGAGUGGUAACUAAAGUGAAAAACACAAACAAGAAGUCAAUUAUCGCCACAAACAAAAAGUCCAGACACUCUUCAGUGGCCAACAAAUCGGGAUUAAGUGAUGAAAACAAUGUCUUAUCAGAGAUACUAAACACAAGCGUUUCCAGCGAUGAUCUCAACUCACAAACCAAAGAGAUUGAAGACAUACUGAUCGACAACGAGUACGACUACAACAACAACAGUAUCACAAACGCCGGAUCCGUCACGUCAUCGGCGGUGCGGACAGUGUUUCCCAUAUUUCAACACAUGAUUGAAUUCAAAGUGUUUAACGACUUAGAGCUGAAUCGACUGCUGGAACUGUUCACAGCGACCAACAUCUUUGUCACCGGACCUCUCUAUCCAUGGAUUAAGACCGAGAUCACCGACAUAUCCCAAUUGUCACCCUAUUUGCCCAACUUCUUAAUCAAUAGUAUUAAGACAACCAUUCAUUUUGCUAAAAAUUUGAGCUCAUGUCAAGAGUUAUACGGAGACGACAAGAAAUAUCUGGUUAAGUACGGCUACUCUGAUGUGAAAACAAUGAGAUCGUUGUUUUACUAUAAUUUUGAACAACAGUAUUGGACAGUCAAUACCCAUCAUCAAACGGCGAUCAUAAUGCCGUUGAAGGUGUUUGAAAUCCGGGGCGAAUACUAUCACAGAUUGAAGGCAUUCUAUGACACACUGGACACUGAAUGGGAUAGGGAUCACGUGGUGUUGGAUUUG